AUGAGCUCUCCAGGCUAUACAUUACGACUUUGGUUCCAGAUAUUAAAUCUUCCACGGCAGUCACAUGCCUCGUGGUAUCGAGCCCGACUUCGAGAAGAACUUUGCGAGCGUCGGCUUGCGGAAACAAGUUGGCAAAAGCUUAGCGAGACUUCAGAUGUUCUUUUCUCGAUCACCCGAGCCCAAUACGAUGAGUUUCCAACACGGAAUCCUUCUUGCUUGUCCGGCGUCCACUCCAGCCCAAUCUACAUUUACAUGUUGGCAAAAUACACCUCGCGAUGGUCCUUUUUCAAAGUUGCUGCCCUGUUCUGUAAUGCUAGGCAUUGGAACUUGGUACAUGAGGUGGUGAACCCAAGCAAAGAUCACAAACUCACAGAAGUCGCUUUGCGCCACGAGAUUGACCAAAAGGACUUCCAGCGAGUUAGCCGUCAGCUGAAGCGUAUCUGGCCAUUGCUUCCAUAA